AUGCGAGACGAGAGCAGAGACAGAAAUCAUAGGACACAGCAGACCCAGCACCCCCCCAGCCGCCCCAGCCCAUCAACGCGCCCGAGAGAGAGAAGACCGAGGACAAGACUCAGCAAGAAAAAGACGACGAAGAUUCAGAUCAACCAGCGGCCCGCCAGCACAGCACAGAGCAGAACGCGCGCCCCACACCCGACACCGCCGACACCCACACUCACCACCCGUCACGCACACCCGCACCCGCCCCGCCCCGAUAGUGACCGGUGCCGCACGAGCGCGACGCUCGCCGCGGGAGGAGAGAGAAAGGACAUAGCAGAACCCCAUCAACCCAACGAUAUCUCCUGUCCUCAGCAUCCUGCGAGUUAUGUGGUGGGUGCUCCUUGCUGGUGCUUACCGGGCCCCGUGCAGGCUGGUGGUGUACCCGAGGGUGGGUGUUUUAUGUCUGGUGUUGUGGUGGUCGGGUUUGGUUCAAAUCCGUACCCCUUCAAAAACCCUGGGGUGGGAGGGCUGUGUGCCACCCCUCCGACGCCCGGUGUCGGUGGUGGCAUCCUCCACCCUUGCGCGGAGGGCCCGGCGGUCCCGGGCAGCCCCCAGGCUCCCACCCCUCCCUCCCCCUUAGCUCCCACCCCGGGUCCACCCCUCCUCCCCCUGCAGCGGGCUGCACACGACUCCGCGGGGCCCCUGGGAGCAUUUGUCCACCCCUCCCUCUCCAACCGGGCGCGGGCGGGGGGCACGCCGCCCCGGGGGGGCGGGUGGGGGGGUGCGGGGCAGCUCCCAGCACGAGGCCCCGCAGCUGGUCCCACCUGCGCUCCUACUCCACCCGCUCCCCUCCCAGCCCCAGUGUCGCCCACCCCUCCCUACUCCACGCGCCUCCACCCUUCUGCUCCCGAGCCCCAGGCCCCAGUGGGGUGGGUGGGGGACCGCGGGCGUGCCCUACGGCCAGUCGCCCGGUGGCCGCGAGCCCGCUGGCUUGGCGCCUUUCGCACCCCUGGCUUGCCCUCCAGGCCCGCGAGGUGCGCGGGCGAGGCGCGCGCGGCUGCGCGGCCCUACUCCACGCCCGCCACACCUCUAGCCCUCCACCCCUUCUCCGCCUCCCGAGCCCCAGUGGUCCACCCCGCUCCGUCACUCCACCCUCCACCCCUCUUGCCCUCCACCCCGUCCGCGGCUGCCCAGGGCCCAGCUGUCCCAUGCCGCGUGCGCGCUACGUCCGACGCGCGCGGUGCCGACCCUCUGCCCCUCAGCGCCCUCUGCGCCUCGCGCACCCAUUGUCCCAGCCCCCUGCCGCUACGUCCACGGCCCUCUGACCCUGGCCGCAGCGCCGCAGGGUGUGCCCGACCCCGUCCCUAUCCACCCCUCCAGCCCGCUGCUAGCCCUCCCAGGCGCCGAGUGACGGCCCUCCGACGCCCCCACCCGCUCGCCACGCCAUCCGAGCCCGCCCACCCCGCCUGCCACCCCGUCCGACCCGUUCGCUAUUGCGAGAAAAGGGAAGACCGGCUAGCCGGUGAGCUGUUUAUGCGGCAGUCGGGCCGGUUUCGUGUAGAGGGAGGGCGCGACCGCGAGGGAUCGCGUCGAGCUGCGUCGGAAAGUCAGGCAGCCCGCGCGGCCAGGAGGAGCCUCUGCUGCUUUGGCCCGGGGUUCCGGUGCUGUUGCGUGCGGCUGUGGUGUAAUGCGCGUGGACGAGCGUUUGCUGUUUCGGAGUCGCGUCUUCUGCCUGGGGGAUGCAUGAUGGCCCAGUUGUGUGGUAUGGUGGUGUACGCGUACUAA